CGAGCUCUUUUUGUUGUUGUUCUCGCCAGCGAGGCUUUCAGGCUGUGAGGAUGAGUUGGAGCAAGCUCGUCUAGAAAGGCAUAAUUUACCUCCUGUGAAGGCCGUCGCCUGAGGAGAUCUCCCGGUCGUAACGUGGGGAGAAGCAGGCCGCAUGCUUAUCAGGGCAAGCGGUUAGUAGAUCUGGUAGGUUGAAAGAGUGGCCCCAGUGAAUGAGGGCCGACGCCUCUCAUGAUGUCACCUAGUAGAAGACCAUAUAUACGCGCAGGCCUUGUUGUUCUGCGGAGAGCAGCAAGCAGCUCCCUGGCCCAUGCGCUUGCGCUACUUCGCAGGCUCGCAACAAAAAGGCACACCGCCGCUGUGCUGAUUGUGUCCUGCCACUCGGGUGCCGCGGCUGCACCUCGCGCGACCGCGGGACACGACCGGGCAGCAAGCCGAGUGGCACCGCCGACGAGCGCAGCUGCGCUACCGUUAGGGGAGCGCAGCCACCCAGAUGGCUGGCCACCCCACCCUCCCGGAUGCCGCCCCUUAUCCGAGCUCGGCCAAGCCCAUACCGAGAAUUAUAGCGCCGACCGUUGAUAGUGCGCGGCCACCCGGUUGGUCGGUAAUAUGAAGAGCGCGCCACGACAGGCGAGCCCUGUGGCACCACUGAAACGGCCACACAGCAACACACUGGCGGCGCACAACCGCCCACGAGUUGAGCGCCCCCAGACAUGCAAAUGCUUGCUGUGGCUACGCAGCGCAAUUCCAAAUCGGACGAAAAUCAACGGCAGUCGUGGGGAGGUGUUGGUGUUCGCGAGGCACUACGUCCGACGCGCCUCCGAGCCGUGAGGGCACUCCUAGGGAUAGGAGAGAGGGACCGAAAGAGCACCUACUCCGGGUGCGAGAGAUCCUGCCGUGACAGAUCCUACCAUGCACUGAGAUCCAAUGGGCCCCUUGUGCGUGCGAUGUUUGUGCACAGUGGUCGGCAUCACCUGUGGCUUCGAUAAUAAUAAUAGAAAGGCAUAAUUUCAUCGCGAGCAACUUAUUUACUUUUCUAUACUAGGCUAAAUAUUGAUAUAGUUACAUGCAUAUCUAUUGGCAUUGCCAUUGCCUCGACUGGUGCGCCUGGUCGAUGUAGUACCUGCUAGACCACACUGAUUUGGUGUUUGUUUCUCCAAGUAGGGGCGGAUGAAUGCAGGUUAGCGACAUCAACCGGCUGGUGAGUCUGAAUUUGCGACCGGAGCAGGCAGGUGGAAAUCCAGACUUGUUUCGCGACAGCAUCUAUCUACUGGUGAAGUACUAGAACAACUUCUCGCGUUGUUGUGCUAUAUGUUGCCGGUCGUGCGGAAGACUGACUGCGGGGCGAACUUCUGUUCCUCUUGCAUUUUUGGUUGAGUUGAAGACGCCACCAGCACCUCUCGAUCGAUUGGUAGCGGUCGUUUUCAUCUCUCGGUCAAAGCUACAGGAGAACUGAAUGAACCAGAAUUCAGUUCUAGUACUUUCUUCGGUCGCCGGAUAAAGCAAGAAAAAGAUCAACAUUAUUUCUGCGCAGAAUAUUACAUGUGAUGUGCUCCAAAAUAAAAUAAAAGGAAAUGCUUGUAGUUGUUGUCAUCUGAACUUCGGUAUAAAUUAUAUGGUAAGAUGAGAGGGAAUCAGACUUAGUAGAC